AUGGCGCCCUCAACUCACGCUGGCUCUAAUCCGGCUGGCCUUCCUCGGUCGAAACCCUCUGGCUCAAGUUUUGCCACCGAGAAGUUGAAACCUCUCACCCAAUUAAGUUCUCCCUCAGAGUCUCUUUUUCGCACCGACAUCGCUGGUCAUCACGUUGACAAGUCUGUCUCGGGUCCCAAUCUCACUCAGUCCGAUCAUUCUCGCCGAGGCAGUAUGAGUUCUCAAAGCCAGUAUGGCCCCAAUGCCCCACACGCUCACGUCAACAAUCUGCAUGGGCUUCCUACCACUCAGACUAGUAUGCCUAAGCUUACACUUGGCAAUAGGCUGAGCCAUACUGAGGGCGGCGAUCAAAAACAAGCGAGAUCGAGUGGUCCUCAUCCUUACGACCUCAUCCUUCCUGGGGAGGAAACCCUCAAGAUCCCCCCAGUUAGAACUCGGGCCAUGUCGGUGGCAACGGCGCCGGCCGCUUCGAUUGCUUCAGUUAAUCGAAGCAAGAGUUUCCGAAUCGGUGCUCGGCGCUUUACUCAGACUGCACACGCUUCUGUCCACUUCGGUCCAAACACCGGGACGACCACUAAAGCCUCUUUACAUGGUAGACGAUAUUCCACUAUCGCUCGAGAACCCUCUGCAGCUGCCACUCCAGAAGGCUCCAGUAACGCCGGCGACGUAUUUGAAGAAGAUGAUCAUGUCCGAGAUGCCAAGAAAAUCGCCAAACACGAUACUCAAAUGCUACUAGUUAGCUUCAACUCGCUCUUAGGACGAGACGGUGGCGGGAAAGCUGUCGAAAAACUCAUCGCCUUUGUCCUUCAAGGUGGCUUGGGUCAAGCUCUGGAAGAGAUCACUGGGCUUGUGAAGCAAGUACUCCAAGGCGUGCCGACCUUGCAAGCAGCGUAUGUUAGCGUUUACAUGCAUGAAAUCACAGAUCAAAUCCAGAAGAUUGGGGGACUGCUGUUUUUGGAACCCGAGUUGUUGUCCAUGUUUGAUAGCCUCUACAGUAGAUUUCGUGGACUUGCAGGGUCCAACUCCAGUGGCUCACCAAUAUUAUCUCUCAGUAACCUGUGGGAGUUUCUCGUUGACAAGUUUACCAACUCGCCUGUCUAUCAAUCCGCGCUGUUGAAACUUAUCGAAACUUUCUCCAAGCUGGUGCUGUCCUCGGAAAUGCUGCGGGAUGGCUUGUGGACCACCUUAUCUCGAGUCUUCUCACAAUCCGCACGUUCCCAAGUUGAUCCUGCCACCGCGAAUCUUGCUGCCUGUCUCGGUUUGCUCUUCGCGGGUGUUGAACAGCUUACUGGGUGCUCUAUUGGGCCCCUGGUGAAGUACUUUAUAUCGUGGCUCGCGAUUGUGGAUGAUCUGCUCACCAAGUUGGCCAAGGAAACCUCUGACGUCUUGAAUCAACCAUUACGUCUUCCAAACGUUCCGCCGACUGACUACGCAACUCACCCCUUUGGAUACAUCUAUUCGCCAACCGAAUCGUCUGCAAAACUGGACGUCGUAAUCCGAAAAUGGCUGGCAGUCUUUGGAGAAGACCCCGUGCACAAAAAGGCGUUUGAGCAUUUCAAGCGAUGCUUCGACAAUGUGAUAUCCGGAAUAACGGGUAACAGCACUUUUGCUCGUUUCUCUCGCGAUCUAGUUCGAGUCUGGAGAGGUAUUAUGGGUCAUCCAAGUGAAGGCGUCCAGGGCACGGGACUCGAAGGGGGUCUGGAGUGCUUUAAGAGCCUGGCCUCUAAAUUUAUCGAAAUUCCGGUCCAGAAUGUCAUAACGCGGCACAAGGGAUUCGAGCUCACUCUCAGCGAUUUCAAGUUAAGCUUGAUGGAUGUACUUCCUCUUGAGAUCAGCUUCAGCACGCAUUCUCGUCUUUUCCCGUCCAACUGUAGCUUUCAAAACAGCACUCGACUAGAAUUGAAAGACUUGCAGCUUGGUUUGAAGAAUGCUUGUGCAGUUCAGCUCAAGGACGGCACCUCUGGUUCGACCUCUCGAAGUACUGCUAUAAUCCAUACCAAGUUGAAUCUUAGCAUUGAUUUUAUUCCUCCGGGCAACAAGCUUCCUAAGAUGUUGACGUCCUUGCCGUAUUAUGGAGGCUCUGUGGCCAAAGUGUCGACGUCUGAUAUCAAGCUAUCCGGUGCCACUGACGUGAAAGUCCCCGAUACGUUAUGGCCGGAGGUCAAAGAUCAGAUGCAUCAAACAAUCGAGACAACCGUUCAAGAUUACGUCGAUUCCUUUUUCAAGACCUGGCUUGCUCUACAACCAAAGACUUCUAAGGAUCUUCCAGUGGCGAUGCCUAAGCCAGCCGGCGCCAAAUCGGCUAAAUCCGUUCCAAAUUACUCGCACAAAUUACUUGAGACCCAUGGCAAUGCGCGCGAUCGAUUCAAGGCGUCAAUUCGCAAUUUGACAGGUAUCAAGACGGGGGCUGUCUUGACUCAACUUCAAAAUCCACUUUCUGGAUCUGGAUCCCCGUUGGCAAGUCCUUCAACCGAAGAGGCACCCGGAUCGAAGUUCAAAAGACGCCAAUCGAUGGCCGAUUAUCUAACCGACAUCUCCAAGGCAGACAGCACCCUUCCCGAAAAUAUCCAGCGUCCGCCUGUAGCAGAGUCGCAACGUCGUAAUAAUUCAGCGAAUUUGCCAAAUGUGUUUGACGAGGACGAAGAGGAUGCACCUCCGGAAUUUGAAACCAUGGCUCGAAGCUUGUCCUUCUCUGCUCGUGGAGACAGCACCUCUGUCGAUAGAAUCAUUCGCCCGCUUGUUUCCUCCAAGGCGGACGUCAAUUCGGUCUUCUCACAUCGCGGAGCAAUGUCAAAUUUCCCGAUGGUGGAGAUUUCGUACGAGGCUUACCAAAGAGCCGAGGCGUCUCUCGACGAAAAAUCCAAUACGCCUACCAUGGAAAUCGGUGGGCAGGAGGUGCCCUCGAUGGCACAAAGCUUGUCUGAACUGGCGACUCGUGAUACGACCACCGAAGAAGCGAUUGCUAAUCCUCCAACCGUGGAUGGCUCACGCCGAAAGCAAAGCUACGCUGAACCAGCUGGUAAUCUGACGAUGGACCAAAUCACCAGGCACUUGAGCGGAUUGACUGAUCGGCCUGUCCAAGACGCGGAUGUUACACCUGAACAACGGAUUCUUCGACGCAAUGCAGUUCCACCUGAGCUGCCAUCAAAAAUGUUGAUGGCUGACGUUUUAACGGAUUCAGUCAAGGAAGAUAACACUCUUCCUGAAACCCAAGCCACAGGUCACCUAUCAGGCCCAGUCAAUGCGGCUGGCGUUCCACUCGGUGACAGUGUCACUUCGCUCUCUCAGAGUGAGAUUGUUGCGAUGAGGAACAAACUCUCUAAGUUGGCGGCGACUGACAUGACGUUGCCCAGCAACAUCGCUUUACCGCCCGGGACUCAACACGUCUAUCGAGGGACGCCGAGUAACGCCUACACGGGAUUGAAAGUGUUGAGAUCGAUGAGCACGACAUUGAACGAGGCGAUCGAGAAAGAUUACACGACGCCAGAGGGCCAAGCCGAGCUCUAUCGCACCACGCAAUCUCCAGCGAACCAGAUCGUCGGCUUGACCGAGAAAGAAAUGAAACAACGAAGACAGUCUUUCAAGCUCUCUGAGGAAGCAAUGCGGGAUAUGACUCUCAUCGAAAGUAUCCGCAACCCCCCGACGGUUGCUCAGUCAAUUCCACCUGUCUGA